CGAGUGCCGGCUCAAGACGUUUCGAGAGAAAUUGAUUUCGUGGUCUUAAAAACUAUUUUGGCGAUUUCGGCCGCACAAAAGAGCAAAUCGCUUUGAUAAAAAACACUACCUGACAACCACGGAAAAAGAGAAGAAAAAUAUGGCAGACAUCAAGAAACGUUUCUACACCAGCAUCCUUUCCCAGGCCAUUUCCACCGACGGAAAGUACCUGUUCUGUGGCAGCAACUUUGGGGAAAUUUUGGUCUUCAGCAUCGAAAACAUAUCAUCCUGCUCGGAAAACUCCAUCACCGAUACGGACAAGCUGCCGACGGAACCGCAGCUGGUGUUUCAAAUUCCAGAACGUUGUCAGGUGUACAGCUUGGCAUUUCAUAAGGACUUCAUCAUCGUCGGGCUGAAUGGGGAAAUCAGCGGCUACCAGUGGAACGGCAAAACGGCCACCAUCGGCAAGAAAGCUUGGACCGUGAAGCUGCCCUCGGCUGCCGAAUACACCGACGUCAACGAGGUCAACUAUUUCUGGUUGGACAAGGAGGCGGAAAUCCUGUACGCCGGCUGUGGCGAUAAUAUUCUCUAUGCAGUUUCUCUCGAAGAUGGACGGGUCGUUCGGCAGUACCAGGGCCACCAAGACUACAUCCAUUGCGUUUCCGGAUGCGGUGGUAAGAUUGCCACGGCAUCGGAAGAUGGUUCGGUGCUGCUGUGGGAUCCGCGACAGAACAAAUUCACAGGUAAAAUCGAACCUCACACACGUCAGCAGCUGAACCGGUCCGAGUUCGGCAAAUGGCAGGGCACAGUUUCCAUUACCGAUGACUGGCUCGUUUGUGGUGGAGGACCUCGAUUCUCGCUGUGGCAUUUGCGCUCUCUCGAAUGCACAACAGACUUCAACUUCCCGGACCGGUUGCACGUGUCCGGCUUCAUUGAAGACGUGAUCUAUGCGGCGGGCGAUUACAAAAACCUGUACCAGUACAACUUCAGUGGCGACAUCACGGCCGAGAUUCCCCUGUCGGCACCGGCCGUGUACAGUGUGGUGCACCAGACGGAACCGAUCCGAUGUAUGGCCAUUGCCGGCGCUUCCAGUCAGGUCGACGUAUGCACCAACUUUAGCUAUAGGGACAUUGUGCUGAACGCUUACAAGAAAUGCUGAGGCACUGCUGUAUUAAACGAAGACUGAGCAUAAUCAUUGUGUGACGAGCAAUCUGUUUUGAUAUCACAGGUAUUCCUUCUUUCUGGUCGAAACUGCCCAAAGUGGAAUUAGAUGUUAGAGCAUUGUUUCAAUCAUCCCAGUUGAAAAUCUUUAGUAAUGGUAAAAGGAAUUCAAUCUCGUAAUCCUUCCUAAAUGAUGAAAUAAACUAUUCCUAACUAUA